AGAUCAUUACCUAGUGACAGUAAUAUGGAAGCUACAAAUUCUGAAUUAACUGAACGGUUGACCGGAGCAAAUGGUACUGUGCAGAUGGUGCAUGAUGGAGCUCCAGAUUUGGAUAAUCAAGCCACAACUGCGGGGGAUACAAACGAGAAGUUUGUCUUGAUGUGUGACGAUGAGGAAAUGAUGGAAAGUUGCUGCUCACCAGCACAGCAGGUACCUGAGCGGCCAUUUCAAAGAAGUGCCGCUUCGAUUAGGAACGAAACCGAUUUCGUUGGUCGUGUACGACGUGAAGUUUCAAGGGUACUUGAAAAGCUGGAAGAAAAAGUACCUGAGACGGACGACAUUGAACAGUUUUUAAUGGAAGCAUGUAAAUCUUUGUGUCAGAGGUGGAAAGAGCGAUCGAAAUGCUCUGAAAUUGCAUUGCAGGGGAUGCUGCUGGUUUUAGAAUUUUGUUUAUCGUUUACGAUGCAACAUAACACAGCUUUAGACUAUUUCAUUACGCAGCUGGGUUUUAAUUCUGUCGCUUUUUGGCGUUUAGCUGUUCCACUUGUAUAUGAUUCAGAUCUUUCUGCUGGGACCAAAUAUAGAGAUGCAUUACUUUUUGCGCUUGCUCUAUACGACAUAAAUAAUAGUAAGAAUCGAUUGAGGGAGUUGUAUGCUGCGGUACCUGGUGUUCGGCAAAGUAUGCUUGGAUCGCACGCUAAACGUUUUGGCGAGAAAUACCGUCAUCUUCAGAUGGUUCGGAGUCGUGCUAGUUCUCGGAUGUCUAGCCAGCGGGGAUCAAUGGAGAAUUUGGCGGAUUUGCCAAAUGAUACAGUUGAUGACACGGUGGAUGCCGUUGCUGAUGCGCUGGCGUCUGGUGGUCUUGCAGACACAACGCAUCACAAGCAACGCGUUAUCAAUGUUUCCAAUGCACCUCCAGUUUCUCUGAAGCGGAAGGACAGUGGAUGUUGGGAAAUAAAGCAGGGCAGUGGCGGUUUGGUAUCCUGUGUUGAUCCCGUAAUGAGUGUUGACAAAGAGAAUAUAUGGUUGGCUAAUUUGGGAGUCAAUUUACAGAACGUCGCAGAUCGAUUAUCUUCAGAAUCUGAGGCAGGAAAUUCGCGAUGUUGUACCUCCUUCGACGAACUCUUUAGGAUUGCCUUUGUUGCGGCAAGCGAAUGCAGGAGAGAUAUUUCAUGUUUUGGAAGAUGCCGAUCAGAAAUCAUCGUUGACCGAAAGCGUGACAUGUCGCUGCUUUCUGUGCUUCACGAUUACAAUAAAUCCAACUACCAGCUAAAUCCUGUUAUUGUGAACCAGGAGGACUAUAAUGCCUACUAUGGUGGGAUAAGUAAUGGCCUGUUAUGGCCUGCUCUCCAUAAUUUGCCGGAUUAUAUUGUGAAGGAUUAUGACGACUUGAAUAUAUUACGAGAACACUGGUGUGCCUACGUAAGAGUGAACUACCAGUUUGGGAUUAAUGCCGUCAGAAACAGUCGUCCUCAGGAUUUCAUUUGGAUUCACGAUUAUCAUUUGAUAUUGACUGGUCAGAUGAUGCGGAGUCUGGACAGCAACCUUGAGGUAGGAUUCUUUUUACAUAUACCUUUUCAACCGCCUGAUAACUGGAUGACGAAGUAUCGUAUUGUAGCUGAACCAGUUUUGCGCGCGAUGCUGCGGUUUACUAAAGUGGGAUUUCAAACUCACCGUGACCGAGAUAAAUAUGUUUCAUUGGUGAAGCAACAUAUUUCUCGUGUUCGAAUUCAGUACGAAACUCCUGUUGAUAUUUAUACAAUAACACAUGAGGGAUUUACGUGUUCUCUAGGGGUUUUCCCCGUAUCUAUCAAGAAUGAGGAUUUUAUUUCAAUAGCGAGAGAACCAGAGACAAAAGCAAGCGCGGAGGAUAUUCGAAAAGAGCUUUUAUCUGGAGGUUCGGAAAAUGGAUGUAUCUUCUUUUCCGUGGAGCGAUUCGAUUAUACGAAGGGAAUAAUGGAGAAACUUCGAGCUUGGAAACGUUAUUUUGAACUUCAUCCAGAUCGUAUAGGUCUUGAUGUUUUAUUUCAAGUUGCUGUUACCAAUCGUCGUUCUGUCGAGUCAUAUCGAGUUUACCAAGACAGCUGUUUGAAACUUGUAAAUGAAGUGAACGAGAACAUAAGGUCGAAGGAGUAUCCUAACUGGAGAGCGAUCAAAUUUGACACAGAAGGGCUUCAAAGGAAGAGGCUUAUUGCUCAUUAUUUGGCUAUGGAUGUUGGUGUGGUUACUCCGGCCAAGGAUGGAAUGAACCUUGUUGCUAAAGAGAUGCUUGUUUGUAAUCCUUGUGCAGCACUGAUACUUUCAACAGGUGCGGGAACUGAAGUGCAGCUUGGUAACGCUGGUCUCUACGGUCAGGAUCAGAAGUGUUAUUACAGAGUGGAAGAUAUUGGAAAUGCUGAUGAGUUUGCUGAAGCAUUCUAUAAAGCAGCUACAGAACAGCCGGAAGUAAGACAAGAACAUGGGAAAAGACUGAAUCAGUUUUUGAUGUCUCAUGACAUAGAUGAGUGGAGCACUGCAUUUUUGGAUCCAUCAUGGACUCAUGAAGUUAUUCGCUUGACUGAAUUGAAACUUUUGGCUGACUUUUACCAGUUGAUGGAUAAAACCUGCCAAGUUCGCAGGCAAAUCGCAGAACGUAUCUUGAAAGGUAUUGCAAUACGUCCUCAUUUUGGGCUUUCGCUAGAAAAUGCGAAGCAUUCGAUUGAAAAUUCAUGUAAACCUGGCACUCAUUUACUAUAUUUGGGGACCGCUGCGGCAGGAGAUGACUCAGACACUGAUGGAUCUGGAGAACAUUUGAGAGCUAAAUUUGACGUCUCUAAUGAGCUUGAAGAACUUGAAAAAGACCUCGCAUUUCUAGAGUUUAUUCAAAGUGAUGAAAUCAAUAAUGUUGAACAAUUCGUUCAAACUCUUGGCCGGUUUCAUCCUUCGGGGCCUGAGGCUUUUGCAGAAGAAGUUGAUAAAGCCUUUCAACUGCUCUCAGAAGGAGACCAUUUUCACUACUUAUUUACUGACCGUGAUGGCACGCUAAAAUCGUAUUCUUGUUCUUAUCCAGCUAGCAUUCAACCAGCUUACUCUGCUGUUAUUCAGGCACAGUUUGCGCGCCGUUGCGCCCAGUUCUGCGCAAUCGUUACUACGUCUCCACUAAUGCAUAUUGGUGUACUAAACGUUAGCUCAAUGCCAGAAGGUUACUACGCGUAUGGAGCAUCUGCAGGUAGGGAGUGGUACAUGAAUCCUGCAAUGCAAUUCAAGGAUGACACUAUUAACGAAGCCGAUCUGGCACUGUUAAACAACGUGUUUGAAAAAGUGGAAGAACUUUUGGAUCAACCAGAGUACCGGAACUUUACGUGGAUUGGCUCUGGCUUACAAAAGCAUUAUGGACACAUUACGAUUGCUCGUCAAGAUGUCAAUAACUCCGUUCCGAAACACCGGUCUACUGCUCUAUAUCGUGCCGUAAGUAAAAUCGUGAAUGAAGUUGACCCUACUAGCUCAACGCUGACUCUUCGAGAAAGCGAGUACGACCUGAAGAUAUUUACUAAGGCAAAGCUUUCUGGCCGCAUUUUCAACAAGGGUCAUGGAAUUCGGUUAAUUGAGCGAAAGAUGAGGCUCAAAUUGAAUGAAGGCAGAAUAUUAGUUUGUGGUGACUCCGAAACCGACUUGCCUAUGUUGGAUGAGUGUCUCGCUUGUUCUUCGCGCAAUGUUUUCACCAUAUGGGUCACAUCUAACGAACAGCUUCGAGAAAAGGUUCGAGCAGCGUGUAAUAAGUAUGGAAACGAUCACUACGUCUUCGUCUCUUGCCCAGAGGUACUGCUGGGUGCUAUGGCAAAUGCGACAGUUCGGGAGAUUAAGGUUAGGCCGUAUGCUGCAGAAGAAGACGAAGAGUGUUAG